AUGAAUCGAUCUCAAAGCUACACGAAAGUAUACAGCAGAUUUGGCAAAACCCUUGAUGAAAAAUUCUCCAACGCCAAAUCCCACCGCAAAGAAAUCUUUUUCGGCCACAAAACCAAGCUUCCUUUGCGAAAAAUAGAAAGCCCUCACCAAGAGCUAGCAAAACCUGAACAGAUCAUGGAACUUCUAAGCUCAAUCGAAAGCUUCAAAAGCAAAAAUAAAUAUAGAUCGGUCAAGCGGCUCUCGCCUGCUUUUAAAGCUCGGUGCAUACUUUUAAUCAGAGAAAAAUUUCGAAAAUGCCAUUUUAUUAUUAUCCUCGAGAAACUGUCAGACUAUCCAAAUAAUACUAUCAAAUCACUUGUAGCCUCAAAGCUCAAGGUAGAGAAGAAUAUUACCAUUCCAUUGUAAGCUUAACAUAGAGUAACAAAGAUAAUGUUCCUCAUGCAGGAUACUAUAAUUUAUGCUUUGAUUUGACUAAACAAAGAACUUUAGAAGCAUCAAUGCCAGUAGAACCAACUUCUAAGUCUAGAGUCCAAAAAGAAAAAAUUGAUAUUGAUUUUAGGAUUGUUGACAAACCACUACCUAAAACGGCUGGACCUAUUGAUUUUGGAAAACAGCUAAAAAGAGACAGAAAAAAUCUUUUUGAUGUAAAUGAAAAAAGGUUUGAAAUUUUCAAUGACAAGCCAUCUAUUUUUUCAAAAACUAAAAGAAUUGCAACACCAAACUUUAACUUGCAGAUUGGGCAUAACUAUCCUAUUAGAGAAGUGCUGAACUCCGCGAUUUAUUCGCCUAAGCAUUCUAUGGUGUGAACAGACACUUCUAAGCCAAUUCUUAAUUUCGCAAAAUAUCCUCAAAGAAAAACCCUUUCAAAUCCGUGCCUGGUAGAUUCUGCAUACUAUACAGUAAACUUUUCACAAAUAGAUAAAGAUCAGCCAGUUGUAGACUUAACAAAAAGUUUGUCACGGCCAAUAGAUCCACAUUUCCCAUCUUUUAUGAUUAAAAGUACAGGCAGAAACGGUCUUAAUAUGAUGACCGAAAAGUCAUUGGAAUCAAAUUAUUACUCAACUGGGCAGUUUUUUGAUCGUGAAUCUGAUUUUAAGAGCUGCCCAAACUCUCCAAAAAGAUUUUCUCCAAUGAGAUCACAGUCAAGUGCUUCUGCGGUUAGUCCUCAAAAGCAAAGAUCAUCUAGUAUUCAAAUGUAA